CGGCGCCUGCCCUGCCCCGCCCCGCACUGCCGCGCCGCCCGCCCCCCCGGGCCCGCUCUACAAGUGGACGCGCCUAGGCCACCCCUCUUUCCCCCCCCUCGCAGUGGUCCUUCCCAGCAGCUGUUUCUCCUCAGCAGCGCCCGGUACUUCCGUCCGGCGCGCGGCGGCGGCGGCCUGUGGACGGAAGGAGCGGAGCGGAGCGGGGUGGGGGCUCGGCCCGGCCAGGCCAGGCCAGGCUACGCUACGCUACCGUGAGGAGCGAGGGGCUGAGCGCGCCGCCUCCCUGGGGCGCUCGCUGCGGCCGCUUCCUCUGCCAACCAUGUCGGCCCUCCCGAGGAGCUACAACCCUUUCGCCGUGGAUGACGACGAGGAGGCGGCGGCGGUGGUGCGGGGCGGUGGGGAGGCGGCCAGCGGCGGGCGGCAGCGGUACCUACAGCAGGAGGUGCUGCGCCGCGCCGCCGCCGCCGCCGACAGCACCGCCCGCUCUCUCUCGCUCCUCUACGAGUCGGAGCGGGUCGGCGUCGCGGCGUCCGAGGAGCUUGUACGUCAAGGAGAGGCCCUGAAGCGCACAGAACAGAUGGUAGAUAAAAUGGACCAGGACUUGAAGACUAGUCAAAGGCACAUAAAUAGCAUUAAGAGUGUUUGGGGGGGCUUGGUAAACUACUUCAAAGCCAAACCUCCAGAGAGCAAGCCAGAGCAGAAUGGAACCCCUGAAUAUUAUGCUAACAGUAGAUUAAAAGAAGCAAUGAUGUCUAGUAAAGAGCAAGAGUCAAAAUACCAGGAGAGUCAUCCAAAUUUAAGGAAGCUGGAUAAUUCAGACAAUGAUUUCAGCAAAGCAGAGUUAGUUUCUUCAGUGCAAAGGGAUUCCUAUCCAAAGAACCAACACCUGCGAGCUUACCACCAGAAAAUUGAUAACAACUUAGAUGAGAUGUCUUCUGGGUUGAGUCGUCUGAAAAACCUAGCUCUUGGUCUGCAGACAGAAAUAGAUGAGCAAGAUGAUAUGCUGGAUCGCCUAACAAAAAAAGUAGAGACACUGGACGUCAAUAUUAAAAGCACUGAUAAAAAAGUCCGACAACUUUAAAGAACUUUUAGAUUUUGUCCAGCAUCAGUUCUUCUUGGGUGUCUUAACUGAUCUCUUAAAAAAAAAAAAAAAAAAUCUUGGACAAUAUCUGUUUCUCUUUUUUUCUGAUAUGUUAUUGAUUUUGUUGUCAUUAAAAUUGCGUAAUCUUAAAUGCAGCAUAAUACCUUAAAUUCCUUCUUAACAUACACAGGAAAAAUGCAUGUUGAGUGAAAACUCCCAGCAAUUGGUAAAUGCUUUUGUGCUGGAUACCCUGCUCAAUUGUAUAACUGUGCGUCAUGUGUGUGGAGGAAUUUGCAAUCUAUAAAGCUUUGGUGUCCUUGGCCUGGGAGCUGUGAUGAGAAAAGUAACUGCACUUUGCCUCUGUUUUGGGGAGGGGGCAGGGGAACAGAAUGUGCUGCUUUGUUCAGAAUGAACGUUACUAAUUCUGUUUACCUACAGCUAUUUUAAAUUAUGAAAAAAUGCCAAUUUCCAGCUGUAAAAAUAAUUCAAAGUGACUGUUCUCUGGCAUUUCUGGGGCUUAAGGAACAAACUGUUUUAUGGAAGUUGUAAAGUAUCAAGGGUGUCAUGCAGUAAUGAUAAUAUUCUGUGCGUGUUACCUUUCCUGUGAUGACUUUUUUUAGAUGGUGGAACCAUCUAAAAGAUCUAACAUCUUUUAUGUUUAGGUCACUAAAUGCCAUCACCUUUAUUUUCAGUAAAGAUUUCUAAAGGUAUCUUAUGUUCUGCAAGAAAUAUUGAUUGACAGUGACCCAAAAAGUUUGUGUAACAAAAUCAGGACUUAAACAUAUGUGCUCUUAAAGAUUCUUUUGUAGAAAUUGUCACCAUCUGUGGUUUUGUUUUUUUUUUAUUUUCUGCUCUUUCUCAGCUUAUUCAGUUAGGUGGUUAUUUGAAAAAUAGCUUCCAUUUCACGGUCUAAUAUUGCACAAACAGAUCAUAGGAGAUCAUUCUUUAGUUUAACAUUUCUUUCAAAUGUGCUUAGGGAUUGAGCAGAUGCUGUUUUCCUAGCUAAUAUGACUGUUUUUAAGAAACUCGGCUAUGGUUCACAUACUUCUGCAUUGGCUUAGCAGGUAUGAAAAGUUCCUGCAAAUGAAGAGAAGCUCAGAAACGUUUUUUGAGUCUUCAAGAUACAAGUUGGGCCUUCCAAUUUGUUUUAUUCUGUUGUAAGUAUCACUGUAGAUAAAAUAAUUCUGUUCCAGCCUGAAGACGUGACAGUGAGAGCUUGCUGUCUGUCUUGAAAACAAGUAAGUUAUUUCAGUUUGGAGGGGUCAAGGGACCUGUGUCGGUAUUGCAACACUCGCUAUCACAAAUGACAGUGAGUGGCUAAGAAGAGAGAGUUACUUUUUUGAGCUGGUGCCACAUUAUCUUGUGAAUUAAAGGAAGACCUUGGUGUUUAGGGCUAUCGAGCCUGUAUCCUUCUUGAACACCACAUUCAUACCCUCCCCUUUUUUUCCAAGGGAUUUGUUAGGUUGAGCUCACUUGCUACAAAGUGCACCCAGUUGUUAAGCAGAUAAAAGAAAACUUGAGCCUUUCCUGUUUUACCGUGUCUCCUGAAAGUUCACGUGUAGACGAAUAAAGCGCUAAAAAGAUAUGCUUCUUGGACAUAGUAUUAUAGUAUUAUGGAAAAAAAGUAUUCCUGGGAUUACUACCAAAGUAGAGUUGUGAAUUAACUUUAAGGUGAGCCUCUGUUUCCCCUUACAUUACUGAUGUCAUUGAUGUCAGUCCCUAAAAAAAAAAAAAAAAACACGUUUUGCAGGCAAGAGCUAUUGAGUACCUUUAAUUGCUGUUUAAUUUUCACUUUGUGCCACUUACGCUCAUCUGGAACCAUAAAAACCUUAUUAAUAUCAAUGUAUCAUCUAACUUUUUGGGUGUGUACCAUGACUAAUUCUCUCUUGCUGUUAGAAUAUUUAUGAAUGAUAUGAUUUGAUGUCUCAAGAUAGUUGAUACAUUUAUUUACUAAAUGAUGCAAUCAUUAGUUUUCAAAAUGUUCAUUUUAAUUAUACCUGGUUUAGUUUCUUAUUUGACUUUCUCUUUUUAAUAAAAAGGGUGAGAAGACUUGUAUUUUUUUCUUAUCCCAAUGCUGGCUAACAGAAACACUUUCAUCUUAGAAAGGAUGUAUAAAUUCUCUCCAGAACAGAAUACCAAAAAAUGCAUAGUAAUUAAUAAUACUUCUUUUAGUGUGAAGUCUGCCUUCACCUGUAUGCAGCUAUUUCACGGCUAAAUUUUUUCCAAAGUAAGACUCUGGUAACUAGGGUGUAUGCUGAGGCUUUCUCCACUAAGUUAUGGCUAAUGGAGGAAAAAUGUAGCUGGAGGAUCUAGUGGUGUUACAUGUAAUAAAUGUAGAGCUCGAAUCUAAACAAAAAAAUUUGUUGAUUUAAGCAUGAAGUGUGUUGCCUUUCUGAUGUAAGCUAUUCCAUUUUUUUAGCCUAAACUAUUUCACAAAAGAAACUCAAGUUUUUGGUCAACUGUUUAGUUGUAUUUGCCUAAUCAAAUGUUUACUAUAUCCUUGAUAUCUUUGCCCUUAAAAACACACACAGGGAAGAGGAAUAAAAAAAAUAAAUCCCUCUUUCUGCUUUGAGAACCUCAUGAUCCAGGCAGACUAGAAAACCAGGAUCCCAGCCACGUGGAUGUUAUGCAGAGGUCUAACUUCUCAUCUCCUCUGACAAUCCCAUUUGCUGUCUCAGUAACAUAUGUCUUUGCUUAGGCUUUCCUGCUCUAUUUAUUGUUUUUGGUUUGGUUUUUUUAAUGGCCUUGUUCUAAAGAAUCACUUCCCACAUUGGAUUUCUUGGGGGGGGGGGG